GGUGGACAACUACGGCAAAUGGCACGCGGUACGCACCGCGGUGGAAGGACGGCCAGGGCGACUGGCACAAGGGCCCAUCCACCUUCACGCGCGAAGACUACAUGUCUAAGGCGAUGGAGACGGCGCGCUUGGGGAAGGACCCAGAGGCGGCCAGGCAGGCGUCGCAGCUCAAGGUAUUGGCUGAUGCGAAGAAGCAAGUCUCAGCUCCCAGGCUCGCCUGCGCGGUGCUCAAGGAGGCCACGGCGGAGUGCUCGCGCAAGCAGGAGGUGCUGCACAGAGCAGCUCGCGCUGUCGAGCACGCCAAGCAGCAGCCGGUGAAGGCGCGCGAGGCUUUCGGCAAGGAGCGCGCGGGCAAGACUCCCGACAAGGCGCCUGAGGCUAUCACGUCUGCCGCGGACCUUGCCCUGUUCGGGCCCCUCGACGAGUUGGAGCUGACCGAUAGGGCGGCGCCCGAGACCUUCCAGAAGCAGCUCGAGGACGUCUCGAGGCAAGCCACCAAGAAGCAGAAGGAGUUCCAGGCGCUCCUCGACCAGGCGAAGAGCGCGCACAAGGAGGCUGCCACCAAGCGGCGCCGCCGCGACGAGGGAG